UUAAACCAUGAACACAAAAACCACCACCUUCUUUUGGCUCACAGCCAUAGCCAUUUUGCUUCUCUCUCUCAUAGUUUCCUUCCAUUCCUCUCACUACUCUUCAACCACCAUUAUAGCCAGCAUUCGUCGUGUCGUUGGAUCUGAGCUUUCGUGUAAAGUAGGCCGGAAACUAGGGUUAGAAGACAUAUUUUGCAAUGUAGAAGAUGUUAUCUAUAAGAAACACCAUAGUCAUCACCACCACCACCACCACCACCAUCACCAUCAUCAUCGGAGGCAAAAGAGUUCAUGUAACGAAACCCUAAAAUGGAGUCCGGAUCUCCAAUCAUCGAAGAAGAUCGGUGUCAUUAUGAAGGUUGACACGAAGGGAUGCGCCAAUUUUAGCAGCAUCCAAAAAGCUAUAGACGCGGUCCCGGAUUUUAGCCGCUCGUGGACACUCAUCAUGGUCGAUUCCGGCACUUAUAGGGAAAAAGUGGUGGUGAACUCCAACAAGACGAAUAUAAUAAUUCAGGGUAAAGGCUAUCGCAACACGGCCAUAGCAUGGAACGAUACGGCUAAUUCGACCGGAGGAACCAACUACAGUUCUACUUUUGCCGUAUGGGCUUCCAAUUUCGUAGCGUAUAAUAUUAGUUUUGUGAACACAGCUCCGGCACCGGAUCCCGGGGAAAGCGGAGGGCAGGCGGUGGCAAUUGGCGUUUCAGGCGAUCAAUCUGCAUUUUAUGGAUGUGGAUUUUAUGGAUUUCAAGACACAUUGAAUGAUGCUAGAGGCAGACAUUAUUAUAAACAAUGUUUCAUCCAGGGAUCUAUUGAUUUCAUUUUUGGGAAUGCUAGAUCACUUUUUGAGGAGUGCACGAUAAAUUCGACGGCAAAAGUGGAGGAAAGCGGGAUUGUGAGCGGGUGCAUCGCGGCACAGGCGAGGGAUUCAGCGGACGAAAACACCGGGUUCUCAUUCCUGAAAUGCAGCAUUAGGGGGAGCGGGAAAGUGUGGCUAGGCCGAGCUUGGGGCCAUUAUGCAACCACCGUUUUCGCCAAAUGUUACAUGUCCGAUGUUGUUUCCGGUGAUGGUUGGAAUAACUGGAGAGAUCCUUCUAGAGAUCAAACGGUGUCGUAUGGGGAGUACGAAUGCUACGGUCCCGGAUCCGACGCUACAAAUAGAGUGGCAUAUGGGAAACAGUUAAAGCAAUCUGAGGCAGCUCCAUAUAUGACCACUUCAUAUAUUAAUGGAGAAGAUUGGCUUCUUGAUAUUCCUUCUGUAGAUCAAACUCCAUAUAUUCAAUUUCACUCAUUAAAUUAAUUAAAUACAUACUGAUUUUAUCUGUAUUGGGCACAUGAAAUGAAUACCACAUAUAUAGUCAUACAAUGGAACAAGAAAAAUGAAAUACUCUACAAAUGACGAAGUUACCAUUUUGAUG